AUGCCGUCAAUAAAUAAUUUGGCUGGAUUAUCAAAUGGUUGGUUUCCACGUCCGACAUCCUUAGGUUUAUCAUCAAAUAAUGGUGAUUCCGGUUUUCUUCAGUCAAGAUAUGGUAGUGCAACUGGGUCCAUAAAUAAUGGUUUUACUAGAAGCAGUUCAAAUCAUACAUCCGUCUGUUCAUCACCAGCACCACGUGAACAUUGUAUAACUCAGCAGUUACAGAAUGCUGCCGGACGUUUAACGUUGCGAAAUGGAACAGUAACGCGCAAUGAUGCUUCCUUGCAGCUUCAUGAUGCUUCGUUUCUCAGUGCCAUAUCUGGGUUUUAUGAUUUAACAACAAGAAAUCUCAUGACGGAUAAUUUCACAAAACAACAAGGGAAUAAUACACGAUCAAGAGAUACAAUGUCGAUUGCUCGUAAAUUGUUGAAACCAGAAAGUUAUAAGACCGUCAUGUGCCAAGCUUGGCUUGCUAAUGGGACAUGUAGCUUUGGGACUAGUUGUCGAUUUGCUCAUGGUGAAGAGGAACUGCGUCCUUGCAAGCUACCGAUGAAAAAUCCAAAAUACAAAACUAAAUUGUGCGAUAAAUACACAAUAGAUGGCCUUUGUCCAUAUGGUAAUCGUUGCUUGUUCAUUCAUCCUCAUGCGUUAAAUGCUUCUAAUCCGUACAUAUAUCCAGACAGGUAUAAACAAGUUGAAUAUGAGCGUAUCAUUUUGGAGUCGAUGAAAAAAAACAGAUUGAAAGUAAAGGCGGGUCAUAUAAAAAGCCAGCCACCGCCGUCUUGGCCACUCGAGACGCCUGCAUUCUUUUCAGCCCAUCGUUAUAGAUUUGACCACUUGGCUGAAAAUAUCAAUCCUGUUACCAACAGUUCAAGCAUUACUUUCGGACGCAGGAAUGUAAGCAGUCAAGCUUCAGCACUCAACGAUAUUACGAAUCAGGUAAUGCAAUCGAGGAUCCCACAGGAUGUUUUUUUUACGCGCAAUCGUUAUUCAAAUGGGAACAGAAGAGGAAAUCAAUCGAAUUCAGCUUCUAGUUCAUCCGGUGGUAACUCUGGAUUGACAUUCUCUAAUCAUUCUGCUCCAACAAUGGAUUCUUUGUAUGCUACGAAUUGUCCCUUUCAAUUCGCAAUCAUUACUGACAAUCUUGCACGAUCACUGGCUUGUGAGUUUAACGUCGAUUAA